GGCGAACGGCGGGCGCGGGGCCGCGCUGCCUGCCUGCCUGCCUGCCUGCCCUGCCCUGCCCGCCGCGCCGCGGGGGAGGGCCCGUCUCGCCGCGCACAUGACGGCAUGGUGGGAGGCCCCGGCGGGCGGCUCGGCCGCGCCACCGCAGAGCGGGCGGGAGAGGCGGGCCCCAGCGCGCACCCGGCGGCGGGAGGGCCCGGGGAAGCCGGGGCGGGGGCGCAGAGCCGGGGCCCGAGGGCCGGGGCCGGCGGCGGGAGCGGGGCAGCGCGGUGCUGAAGGGACAGCGCCCGCGGGCACCGCCCGCCCCGCCCCGCCCCGCCCGGGCAGCCACCGGGAGCCCGGCGCGGCGCCCCGGGAGCGGGGCGGGGGGACUCGGCCACCGCCCGCCCGCCGCCACCGCCCUGCCCGGCGUGGCCGGCACGGGGGCCCCGUCCUGCACCCGCGGGAGCGGCUCCCCGGGCCCCGCGCACCCCCCCGCCGCCGCCCGCCCGCUGCGCCGAUGCCGGGCGUUGGGGCGAUCGGAGCGCGGUGCAGGCACCGGCCGCGCAGGAGCCCCAGGAAGAGCCCCAAGGCGGAGCCGGGCCAGGCCGGGGCCGCCAUGGACGCGGCGAUUUGGAUCUACCAGUUCCGGCUGAUCGUGCUGGGCGACUCCACCGUGGGCAAGUCCUGCCUCUUGCACCGCUUCACCGAGGGCCGCUUCCCGGGGCCGCUGCACUCCGACCCCACCGUGGGGGUGGACUUCUUCUCCCGGCUGGUGGAGAUCGAGCCCGGCAAGAGGGUCAAGCUGCAGCUCUGGGACACGGCGGGGCAGGAGCGGUUCAGAUCAAUAACACGAUCUUACUAUCGCAAUUCUGUGGGUGGCUUACUGGUGUUUGACAUCACAAAUCGACGAUCUUUUGAACAUGUGAAAGACUGGCUAGAAGAAGCAAAAAUGCAUGUGCAGCCCUUUCAGAUUGUGUUCCUGUUAGUAGGACAUAAAUGUGACUUAGUGUCACAGCGCGAGGUUACAAGAGAAGAAGCUGAAAAACUGUCAUCUGACUGUGGUAUGAAAUAUAUAGAAACUUCAGCAAAAGAUGCCACAAAUGUUGAAGAGUCCUUUACAAUUCUUACACGAGACAUCUAUGAACUUGUAAAAAAAGGAGAAAUCUCAAUACAAGAUGGAUGGGAAGGUGUCAAGAGUGGCUUUGUUCCAAAUGUCGUACAUUCAUCAGAAGAAGCUGUAAAGCCCAGGAGACAGUGCAUCUGCUGAAUUUGUAGCAUGCCAAAGAGCACAUCGGGUGUUCAGAAGAUGAUGCCAACGUAAAUAACAAAAUAAUAAUUUUGAAACAAUAUUAGAUCAUGACAUAGCUGAAUCAUAGAACAGUAAUUUGGUUUUUUAUCCCUCUAUCUAGGUCAUAACUUCAUAAAACUUUAAGUGCUUUUUUUCUUUUACAGAGUACAAUAACUUUGUGUGGUCUUCAGGAAAAGAAAUUAUGUAUUGCUAAAGGAAAAACUAGUCCUAUAGCAAGACACUGAGAAAGCGCAAUAAUCAUUGUGACAUCAUCCUCUCUUGGGCUUUGUAUUUUGAAUACUGUUUAAAAUCAAGGCUUGCUAGGUGAGGAUCACAUGAUCUCAUUACUUUUUUGUUCAUCCUGCCUUAGUUUUGGACAUGAAAAUAUUAUACCUUAUACUUUUUUAAUGUGAUUCUUUACUCAAGUGCAGGGUUGCUAAUGACCAUUAAAGUUUAGAAUGCUGUGAAUUUCAUAAUAAAGAUAACUCUAAAGAAAGCAAGCUGAAAGAUUGCUCCAAUAGCAAACACUUUUGAUAUGACUAUGAAUACAAGCCUUACUAAAGAAAAAGAAUGUUUUAGAAAAGAUGAUUUAUUUGUAUAUGAAAAUGGAGAAUAGAAGCAAUGAAAUUUAUUAUUAAAUAUUUUCUGAAUUGCCAAUGAAACUAAGUGUAACAUCACAUAUGAUCCAGCUGUUAUUUGACUUGUAUACAAAACAGAUUUCCCAACCACUGGAGUUACAUUUUGGAGGCCGGAUCCUCAGCUAGGUAAUUAUCAUAGCCACACUGAUGCCUAGGGAAUUAUGUUAAUUUACACAAACAAAUUCCGUAUUAGCUUUAAAAAAUAAAUCUACUUCUAACUCGAAGUAAAAAUAAGUUAAUAAGUGCUGCAACCCAUGGGGACCCAGGCCUUAAAUUUGAAUAGAGCAAGGAUUGUUUUAUUCUCAGCCAGCAGAUAUUAAACUGUUGUCUAAAAAAAUGAAGGUUGUAAAACCAAAACUGUUAGGAAUAGAGUGUUUGGAGAGGAGAAAAUUUCUAAAAUAAUGCUUGGCAACAGAGAGCAAAGUUGGAGAACCCCUAUUCUAAGAAAGCAACACAUAAUAGCUUUUAAUAACAAUAAUAAUAGGAGAAAUCUGUGAUCAUGUAGCAUUUUACUGAGCUUGAGGUCAUCUUCCUACUCCUCUGAAUAUAACACACACUAGCUUUAUGCAAACUAUGCCCUAUAUGUCUAGCACUUAAAUAAGUCUACUUCUAUUUUAUUGUAGUAGUAUAACAAGAUGACUUGAUCUCCAGAGUUGAUAAGCAUCUACAGUUUAUCUGGGCAUACUCAUAACCUUCAAACAUCAAGCCAGUUAUCUUCAUAUAAAGGUGUGUCAUCGUGUUACAAUUCUCCAUUUUCAAGACCAGGCAACAGGUCUAUCUAAUCUAACUUUCUUCUUCAACAAACAUGAAAUCAGUUUUCCCUCAGGUUACUUUUAGGUCCUUUUACAAUCCUUUUGUAAAUAUUCCAUAGUAUAGAGACAGGUUGUUUGGUUCCAGUUAUUUUAUUCAUUUAGGGCCACUAAAAUUAUUGACUUCAAAGGGAACUGAAAGGUUAAUUUUUUCAAUACCCUGAGUCUCACUUGCAAUGAGGCACAGUUACGCUGUCAUAGAAGGAUACAGAGGCCUUAAUAUAAACAGGAAUCAGCCUUAAUUCAUUAGCAAUUAAAACAGUUAGUUAAUUCUAGUCUCAGCAUGCCACAAAGUAAUUGCUGUGAGCCUGAUUCUCUAUUAACCUACAAAUAUUAGUUGUUUACACCAAAUCAAUUUUGAUUUGAGGGCAUUUUAGGCCCUCUUUACAAAGUAAACGUGACUACAGAUGCCAAAAGGUAGUGCAGAAUCAGGCUGUGUGCGUUUGACACUGAUUCCCCUAUGAUACCAGGCCCAUGUUGUGUAUCUCAGAAGAUCUUCUCUUAGUUGUUUAAGAGGACAGAACGGGCAAACAAAUAAAUCAGUGGCUGGGGAGUCAACAGACCCACACUGGUUCACUGUGUGUUUCUCAGCAAGACAUUUACAUUUGCUGUGUCUCACCUUCUGUAUCUCAAAAAUAGAGAUGAUCGUUCUUCCUUGAAUUCACAAAGACUGCUGAGACCCAAUCUGACUACGAUCUUCAGUCUGGACUCUUUUCUCUGUGUGCUGCCUGUUGUAGAGUGUUUAGCACCAAGGGACGUGGAUACUGGUUUCUUCUGCCAUACCAAAAAAAAAUUAAAAAUAUUAAAAGAGCUUUAUAAGUACCAGGUAUUGCUAUUACUAUGAAUCUACAUUUCAUUACACAUUUCAUUACUUUCAGGUUAAAAUCUUUUAUCUUAAACUUUUCUUCCUGAAUACUCUGGAGCCAAUGAGCUUUUCAUUCUGUAUGAAAAAAAUUGGGUGUGUUGGGGGGGGAAGGGACUGGGAGAAGAGGGGAGUGGAAGGGAGGUAUGGACAGAGAAAUAAACAGUCAUCAGAACAGAGCCUUAAUGAUCUCUGCUGUCGAUGUUGUACCUGUAGUGUCACAUUUAUUACACUGGGAAUAAAGCUUUUAACCAGAUUCAACUGUAAGGAACUGGUACUGUCAAUGCAACUAGAAGAGAAGUUCACUGCAUUUUUAAGUACUGUGCACAUAGUUGUCUUAUUUGUAAUUCCUAAAAAUGUAGAUUAACGUACAUUCAAAUAUUGUCUAUCUUGAUGAUAUAUUAAACCACUACUGUACCUUCUCACUUACUCACCUGCAGUUAAUAGAAAUGUCUGAUAAAUGGAUGAAAUACAUCAUUUUGCUUUCAGAUGCUUUGCAGUACAGUGUAUAAGUAACAGCUUGAAUAGGCUGUAGAAUGGAUUAUAGUUCAGUGCAUGUGUAUUCUUUUUUUCUUCCAAGGAAGGGCAAAUACGACGUUUACUACUGAUACGAGAAUGAAAUUUCCAGAAACUACAGAAAUUAGAGAAAUCUCAUUUGGCAGCCAAAUUAAUAAGUAGACAUUAUUAAGAAAACCCCAGAACUUUUGCAAAUUAAAGUCUGGUAAAUCCCAGUUAGGAAACAGAAGUGUUGAAAUAGUAAACAGUUUGUAUUUGGAUUCAUAGGCCUGGCAAAUUAAUGGAUAUAAAGUAUUGUUUUGGACUCCUAAAAUGUUUACAUUUUCAUUGCUUUUAUUUUAAGUUUGAUAAAGAAGA